UCCUUGUCUUUCAGUGGUAGAGGAGAAAGAGGAGGAGGAGGAGAAAGAGGAGGAGGAGGAGGAAAGCUGGUGCUGGAGCAGACAUGGAGGAGUUGAGUGCUGUAGGAGAGCAGGUUUUCGAUGCGGAGUGCAUUCUCAGUAAAAGACUAAGAAAGGGAAAGUUGGAGUAUCUGGUGAAGUGGAGAGGAUGGUCGUCCAAGCACAAUAGCUGGGAGCCUCAGGAGAACCUGCUGGACCCGAGACUGCUGGCUGCGUUUAAUAAGAGGGAGCAAGAAAGAGAGCUGCUGAUUCGGAAGCGAGGGAAACGACCACGUGGAAGACCUCGGAAAAUAAUGCAGGAGCCGGUUCAGCCAGUCUCAAAAUCAAGCAGCUCCUCAUCAUCUUCAUCUUCCUCUGAUUCAUCAUCAUCUUCAUCCUCCUCGUCCUCUUCAUCUGAAGAUGAUGACGACGACCAGGAUGACAGCGACAGAAAGACAAAGCCAAGCCCUCGAGUGCGGGAGCUGCACCCUGUCCCACAGAAGAAGGCUCAGAUCGUGCUGGCCAAGCCGGAUCCUCCAAAGAAAAAGAAGCGAGGCAGGAAGCCUCUUGCUCCAGAGCUGAGGGCCUUGAAGCAGAAUCAGGCCAAAAAUUCACGCAAAAUCAUGAAGCCACCGCUAAAAGACUCUCUCUCAGACCUGCGUAGCAGCAUUAAGAAACCACUGAUGCCUGCCAGUUUCACAUACACAGGCCUGAAUCGAGCCGCCAACAGGGAGACAAUAGCCAUGCAGAACCGAGGAUCUUUUACUGCCAACGAAUCUCCAAAGAACACCCUGGGAUCCACCCAGUCCCAAGGGAAACCUGUGACGGAUUUUAAGCUUUCUGUCUCAGACAUGGGUAAUGGUGGAAGCCUGGAUUUAAAAAACUCAUCCUCUAAGUCUCCGGGAGUGGCUUCUCUGAGUUUGCACAAUUCAAAACUUACCAACAGUACCAAUGGACAGGCGGCAGGGGGAGCUCCUAAUUGGACGAAAAAGCAGGAAACUCCAGGUCUGCAGAGACCAACGAACACAAAACCUUCUGCAUCCUCUCUCUCCUCAGUGAAAAGCCCCAAUACUCAGGUCUCCAGCUUGUCUGGUGUCAACAAAACACAACUCAGUGUCAGUGCUUCUCCAAAAGAUGUUACCAACCAUAGGGGUUCUGGGAGCACAGUGAAAAAAGGUCCAGUGCAGGAAAAAAGUGCUCCAGCGGAAGGAGGGAUUUUGGGUCGACCAGGAUCCCGUGAUAUCAGCACACCAGGGGGGGUAGAAAAAGUAAAAAUGGAGGAUCCAUUGGAGAGAUUGGGGAAAGCGAAUCCGGGAAGGCAGCGGAAAGUCCCGACAUUUACUGGCUCAAAAGAUGGAGGCAAAAUGACAAAACCGCUAAGUGAGAUGAGCACGGGCGAGGAGGGAAGCAGUUCAGAAUCCGAGCAGGAGUCUCCCUUCACUGGGGAAAGGCAGGAGUUAUCAUUGGAAGUGCAGUCAGAGUGCAAGGACUGGAGGCCAACACGAAGCCUCAUCGAACAUGUUUUCGUUACUGAUGUCACUGCUAAUCUAGUCACUGUAACUGUGAAAGAAUCUCCCACUAGCGUGGGUUUCUUUAGCAUCCGGAAUUACUGAGAGAGUUGGAGAACAGAUUCUUGAAGUAUCUAUUGAUAUUGGGUAUCUUAGCAAAGUGUUGUAGAUCACAGUUUCUUGUUACAACCACCAAGUCUGUUCUGGAAGCUGCUUCUUGAAGAAGAGGAUACCUGAAUCAAGGCAAGGAUUUAAGGGACUGAAGAAAGUGGGUAAACCAUUUGGUGAUUCAAAAACUACUCAGUUUUCAACAUUUGAGCGUUUUCAGGUGCUUAGCCAAUUGGUGCUUUUUUUUUUUCAUUAAACAACCACAGUGUCUUAUAGUAAGACUGGAAUUUCUGGAAACUCCUGGAAGCCUGGAAGAUAACAAAUCCUCAGACUUGGCGUUUACACAAGGACUGAACCAGUUGGUGCUUGGAGGUUAAGAAAAUCUUCAAACUCGAAAAUUGCAUUUCCAGGAUUUUAAAUGUGGAACUUUUGGUUUUAAAAUUAGUUUUUUUGUUGAAUUUCCCUGAUUUGUCAUCUAAGUCAGUGGUUCUCAAAGUGGUGUCUGGGAGCCCCCAGGAUCUGAAGCAUAGCUAGGUGGUCUGUGAUUUUAUUUUAUUUUUAUUUUUAUAUUUUGUUAUAGUGGAGGAAUUCAUUAUUCAGCCUAUUGAAGUUAUAAUAUGCAUUAUUGUGGUCUUAUUGGUAUUAGUUUUUUGGCUGUUCACUUUAAAUCAGAACUGUUGUUAGAAGGUUCAGGAAUAAAAAGCCCCAGUAAAUAUCUGGGAUAUUACUGUAGAUAUUUGAAUAAUGAGCCUAAUAUUUAAAUAGUUGGAUUAUGUUCAUAAAAUUAAUCUGUACUGAGGAGGUUCGUGAAGUUUAUUUUACAGUUAAAGGAGUUCUUAGCUCCAAAAUGUUUGAGAACCACCGAUCUAAAUGAUGCUGGAGUCCAAUGCUCAAGCUGGAAUAUACGAUACUCAGGCAGGGAAAGGGUUUUUACAUGCUAUGCUCAGUUAAUGGGGAGAAAAAAGUCAAGUCGAUUUGUUUCUGAAAAUGGAAGAAAACAUGACAUACAGUUCUCAAACAGUGUUUACAGACAUGUACAACUACAAAAGGAAGAAAAUGUAUCCAAAGUUCUUUUUGUUUGUUUUUAUCUGAACUCUUCUGGGCUUUUUUUUUUAAAUGGCCAGUUUUAGAGAUGUGAUCUUUUUUGCCUUAUUAUAAUCGUAGAACACGUGGCCUUCUCUCUGAUAGAACACAAUAUUUCCAUCUUUAUUUAUUAUUUCUUACUAUCUUUAUUUUAGAUGAUUAUGCAAAAGGUUUUGUAAAAAAAAAUAAAAGUUGGCAGCUCAUUUUAAA